AACUCCAGAUGCGAAGGCGAAGGCGGAGGAUUUCGGCUAGCUUGGUGAUGCUGCCGUUCGCGAGCAUUUUAAAUACGGUGUGGGGGCGUUCCUCCUAAUGGCGACCCUACUACUUAUUGCUUGCCUCCCCACCCGGCGCCCCCAUCUCUCUUUGCGCCAAAGAUCCUACAAACUCGCCCCCCGAAUAACCAUGGCGUCGUCUUCGUCGUCGUCGCCGCCGUCGUCUGACCCGUCCUUGGAGACGGUAGCGCCGCACGCGGCUGUUACGGGGGAGCGGAAGCUCAACCCCAACCUGCAGGAGCAGCUUCCCAAGCCAUAUCUCGCGAGGGCUCUCGCGGCGGUGGACCCGAGCCACCCGCAGGGGACCCGUGGGCGCGACGCCCGCGGCAUGAGCGUGCUCCAGCAGCACGCCGCGUUCUUCGACCGCAACGGCGACGGCAUCAUCUACCCCUGGGAGACCUUCCAAGGGCUGAGAGCGAUAGGUUGCGGGUAUCCCGUGUCGAUUGCUGGUGCCAUACUCAUCAACCUCGUCCUCAGCUAUCCUACUCAACCGGGGUGGAUGCCUUCUCCUCUGUUUUCCAUCCAUAUAAAGAACAUUCACAAGGGUAAGCAUGGGAGUGACUCUGAAGCAUAUGAUACUGAAGGGAGGUUUGAUCCAUCGAAAUUUGAUGCUAUAUUCAGCAAGUAUGGCAGAACUCAUCCAAAUGCUUUGACAAAAGAUGAGCUGAACUCGAUGAUUAAAGCAAACCGCAAUAUGUAUGAUUUCAUUGGCUGGAUUACUAGCGCUGGUGAAUGGAUGCUACUGUACAGCGUGGCCAAGGAUAAAGAAGGGCUGUUGCAACGAGAAACUGUUAGAGGCGCCUUCGAUGGCAGCCUGUUUGAGCGACUUCAGGACAGCAAGAAAUCUGCUUGAAUAUAGCAAUGAGCUGUGCUGCUCGAAGAAAGCGUUGACAGUAAAGAAUCUAAUAAGAUUAGAAAAAAAAAGGGUCUUUGCUUUGUGUAAUUCAAAUGAAAAAUGUUAAUUACCCCAUGACAGUAUUUAUGAUGUUUGCAAUGAUCACCACCUCAUGAUAUAGUCUUGUUCUUUCUUUUUGUA